GAGUGGGUCAGGUUAGACCGCAUGCGGCAGCCGCAGCCUGAAAUUAAGGGGGGAAAUGACCUUCACUAUACGACUUUUGUUCCCUUCAUGCGAUUUAAUAUACACAAUAGAACAUUACUUUCUUAUUGCGAACAAUAGAGGCGCUGCAAGUAUAGUGAUUCCCUGUACUUGAGUGUGAAGCAGCCUUAGUACAGCAACAUGAAGCGUAAGGAAGUCAAGUUGUGGAGGAAGCUGAGGUUGAACACUGUGUUGAUCCACCGUGCUGUUCUUGUGGUUAUAACUACAACACUCAUCAUAUAUGCACACUUCCUGCUCACUCAUGAACUACUCUCUACACCACCACGACCUCAACAUCACAAUUAUUCGAGUGAAACCCCCUCAAGACGAACAGUUAGAGGCCACAAUGUUAACACCACGAAAAAUAUGACUGGUAAUGAAAGAAUGUUGCGGAAGGUUAAGUUAGUCACAUACAAACCUCUUCACCAGCCUCGAUACAGACUUACCAAUGAUUCUGUGUUACCACAAGUUCCUUAUUGUACGGUGGCGUCGACGACGUGGACGUGGCACCUGUUGCGAGCUGUGGGUGUGAAGGACUCAGUCAUCAGCAGUUACCACAACCCUCACUUCCUGCUGAAGGACCGUGUCCCGCCUCCCACACCCCUGGAUCAUGAGAUAGGGUUCCUUAAUGACGCUCUCAUUUUCCUGGUCUCACGCCACCCCUUCCACAGGCUGGUGUCCGCCUACAAGAACAAGAUUGUGGAGGCUGACAAGCGACGGACUCAUUACGUUGAUCUCCGCCGCAGUAUCUUGAAGGUUUACCAAGGUGAUACAAACGUGACGAUGCCCACCUUCACAGACUUCUGUCAUUAUGUUGCUGACUCCCUCGAGGCCUGGCUCCUCGACCCUGAUGGCUACUCUCGGCCAGACCAACACUGGAUGCCUAUCACAUAUAUCUGCUCUCCUUGUAUCAUUGACUACACUGUUUACAGCAAACUGGAGACCAUGGAGUCAGACACAAGAUUCAUAGCUGAUCAAUGUGGACUCGGUCAGAUAAUUAAUUAUAGCAUGAAACUCAAUCCAUCCACACUGGAAACAGAUGGAAACUCAACAGAAAAUAUGGUAAAUCAGAUGCAGAAGCAAACAGUGAAAGAAUUUAUAUCCCAGAAAAUACAAGACGAUGGAAAGAUGAUAAAGAGUGAAGAUAAGUCUCCCAAGAAGGAAGUUGCGAUCUCUGAAACAGACGAAAACAACAAAUUACUUCUCCAGAAGAGCUAUGCAGAUUAUCUGAGUCAACUCUCUUCAGAAGAUCUCCAAAGAUUAUAUAAUGUCUACAAAUUUGACUUUGAAAUAUUUGGAUAUUCCAUGGAUGAAUAUAAAUAAGAGAAUUAAAUUAUCAUAAAGUAUAUGACCAUUAUUUUACUAGUUUGAAAAUAGGGUAGUUGAUGAGUGGAACAGUCUGCCUAGUAGGGUUAUUGAAGCUGGGACCUUGGGUAGUUUUAAAUUUAAGUUGGAUAGAUGCAUAAGUGAGAGGGGUUGGAUUUGAGUGGGACUUGCACACGAGUAAAUAGAAUUGUCAAAGCUUAUUUCUUGGAUAGCGUUGAAAAUUGGGUUGGGCAAAUAUUCUAUUAGUGGAAUGGAUUGUGAAGGACCUGCCAAGUAUGGGGCAACAGGCCUGCUGCAGUGUUCCUCCUUUCUUAUGUUGAUGUUUCCCACCAAGUCAAGAGCGAGACACAGAUGAAACAUCCAUCACUACUUA